UUGAGUACAGUCUUUGAAGUUGUGUCGGUGUGACAGGUCCGCGUCUGUUGCUGCUGUGAACCCGUCCGUCGGCGGAGUCAAAGCGCCGCUAGAUACAGACGAGUGACUAUUCAAAAACAUUUGGAAACAGCUGUUUGUUUUUGUUUUUUUAAAAAGCUGCGUUUGUUUUUAUUCCCGUUGAGUGACAGACACGCGGGGACUCACGGACGCGGUUUUGAACGGACAGAGCGGCGCGCGACGAGUUCGCUAGCUUUAGAAGCGCACGUGGGGGCAGACGCCGCCAGUCACCGACACGGUGUGCACUUCUCCGCGAGGCUUUCUGUGCGUCGUUACAGAAACACAGGAGGAAGUGUUUAAAAAAAAACAAAAAAACGGAUGUAAGACAAUGACCCACGCUGUGAGCGCCACCAGCUGCCAUUCGUUUUUAACUUUAACGUUUUAGCAGCUCCUCUGUUUGGAUUUAUCCUGCCACCACAACAAGAAGAAGAAGUGAUAUCAGGAUAAGUGUUUUUUUUUUAUUAUUUAAGGGAAACAUGGGGACUCAGGGCACAGGACGGAAAAGAUCUACCAAGAAGGAGAGGUCGACAGCAGAAGACGAUGCCCUAAAUCUCAUAGCGAGAGAGGCCGAGGCCAGGCUGGCAGCGAAGAGGGCAGCCAGGGCAGAGGCGAGAGAGAUCCGCAUGAAGGAGCUGGAGAGACAGCAGAAAGAGAUCUUUCAGGUGCAGAAGAAAUAUUAUGGCUUGGACACCAAAGUAGAUGACCGAGGGGACAGCAAAUGGGGAGAUAUUGAACAAUGGAUGGAGGAGAGUGAGAGAUACUCACGUUCUUCACGGAUACACACGCUCUCAGACGACGAUGAGCGGAUGUCAGUGGGAAGCCGAGGCAGUGUCAGGUCGGAUCUUGACGCAGUUGGAGCUUACUCUGGAGGGGGCUCCUCACUUAAGAAGUCAAAGAAAAAGAAGAAACAUAAGCACAAAGACCGAGACAAAAACGGCUAUGAUGAUGAUUACAGUGUACUAUCAAGCAGGAGCUCAAGACUCAGUGAUGAAAGCAGAGUGUCUCGCUCCUCCAGGCUAGACCUCACGAGCUCCAGACUAAGUGAUGACAGCCGGGUGUCUCGAGCCUCCAGAUUAGACCUGCAGCCGGCCGCUUAUGCUUCCUCUGACUUGUACAGCCUCAAUGGUUUGUCCUCUUCCAGAAACCCAGGCUCAGCUUUCAAUGGUUACCAGUUCUACAGGUCACUCAGUCAGAGCACCCAGCAGCUGUAUCGUAGGAGCUCUUUAUAUGAAGACAGUCUCUGCAGUGGGUCACGGCGAGGCGCUGGUUCCACUUCUCAUCCUUUAGAGUACAGUAGUUAUCGCAGCUCUGGCUCCAGAGUCUCCUCCAGGGCCAAUUCAGCCCGCGCCAGCCCAGUGGACAACUGCGGCUCUGUUGCCAGUUUUUUAAGGAGUGCGGCCAGUAGCAGUGGCCUCCCGCGGGACCUGGACGAUGUUACUAUUCCUGACUUUUCUGAUGUGGAGGACAGAGAUUAUCUUGAGAAGGGAUCUCGAGCAGCUUCUGCCUUAACAGCAGGAACUCUCACGUCCUUAGGUGGAACUUCCUCACGGAGAGGAAGUGGCGAGACGGCUAUAACUGUAGAUGCAGAGACCUCAUUACGAGAAAUCAAGGAGAUUCACGAACUGAAGGAUCAGAUUCAAGAUGUGGAAUCCAAGUACACGCAGAACCUAAAAGAAGCCAAGGAUGCAUUAGCGGAAGUGGAAGAGAAGUAUCGUAAGGCCAUGGUGUCCAAUGCCCAGCUGGAUAAUGAGAAAAACAACCUGAUGUACCAGGUGGACACACUCAAAGAUUCGCUCAUGGAUCUAGAGGAGCUGCUGUCUGAGUCGCGCCGGGAAUACGAUGAGAAAGUCAAGGAAUUCGAGCGAGAGAAACAUGCCCACAGUGUGCUUCAGUUCCAGUUCAGUGAAAUGAAAGAGAUGCUAAAACAAAGUGAAGAGCUGCUAAAUGAGAUCCGUCAGCUGCGUUUAAAACAGGAGGCUUUUGUUAGAGAAAUAGCUGACCUGCAGGAGACGGUGGAGUGGAAGGACAAAAAAAUUGGGGCCUUAGAGCGACAGAAAGAGUACACAGAUGCAAUUCGAGUUGAGCGAGAUGAGCUCCGAGAAGAGGUGGUGAAGCUGAAAGACAUUCUGAAGAAACAUGGAAUAGUUUUGGGACCUGAUCUUAAUGUCAAUGGAGACAUUGGUGAAGCAGAAGUUGACGGGUCCCCGAGUGCAGACCCUGCUUCCCAACCAACUCCGGAUUCACAGACCUCCCCAACGGAGGGGAACAGCAUGCUCGGCAACACAGAGGAAACUCAGUUGAGAAGUAGCGGAGAGGAAGAGGUGGAUCCAGAACAGCAUCAAGAAAUGUCUGAGGAAGCCAAAGAGAAUCACUUGAGCUCUGAUACGCUCGAUAAUGUUGCUGAUGUGUCCACACUGGAAACACCUAGUGAUGAACAGCCAAAAGAAGAACAGCAGACAUUUGUAGCCACAGAAGAAGACAUUGUUGGAGAAAGUGGCCUCAGCAAGGACUUAAAUGUUGAGAUUAAUGACUGUUUGAUCACAGAAACCAAAGAGAUAAUUGUUUGUAGCUCUGAGCUUCAAGUGAUUGUAACAAGUUCUGAGGAAAAUGUUCUAGAGACAGAAAUACCUGAGGCAGUAGAUUUAGGAGAGACGAGUAACCCAGAUUCAGGGGAGACAGAAACCAAAAACAGUAGUGUUGACACAGACAGUGAUAACAUUAGAGAGUCAAAUAACAUUUUAAAAGAGCAAGAAAAGACACAGGAACAUGUUGAAGAAAGUAAUUUGAGUACUACAGAAUCUUGUCCUCAGCAAAAAGUCUCACAGGAAGUUGUGAGAGAAAGUUCACCUGAUGAGGCUGUCCCAGCUGUAUCGAGCACUGAAUUUCAACAAGAGCCAGAGAAUGCCGACGAGGCAGAGAACGACGAGGCAGAGGAAAUAUCUCGUAAAUCUGUGUCUCAAGGUGCUACUGCUUCAGGGAAAAGGAAGAGAAAGAAGAAGAGAGGUAAGAAGAAAGGAGGAACACAUGAGGAUAAGAACCAACAGAAAUAUGAAGCAGAUAAAGAAAAGGGCAAAACAGAAAAGGACAUUGAAUCAGCUACAAGAGGUAAUGGGCCAUUAACAGAACCUGAUAGUUCUCUCAAGGAAACCCUCAAAGAAUUAAGUGGAGAUCAAGUUAAAAAUGAGCAGGACAGGCAAGAGACUGAGGAGGUACAUGGAGUAGAAGCAGUGAAACCCACUGAAACCUUUUCUGACAAUGAAACUCUCAAAGAAUCAAAAAUUGAUCAUGAUACAGAUGAGCACAAAAAGGAACAAACUUUGGACGUUGUAGAAGAAGUAGAAGCUGUGACAGUUGUGACUAUUGAAACCAUUGCUCACGUAACUCCCCCAGAAAUAAGAGUGGAUCAUGUCAUGGAUAAACAGAACAAAGAACAAAGUUUGGAAACUGAAACAGAAGAAGCAGUAGAGACAGCAGCAGCAACUGAAACCUUUUCUCACACUGAAUCUCUCAAGGAAUCAGAUCCCAAAAAGGAUGAGCAAGGCGAGGAACAAAGUUUGGAAACUGAAACAGUGACAGUACCCACUGAAACCUUUUUUCAUGUUGAAACCCUCGAAGAGGAUGAGCAAGACAAGGACCAAAGUUUGGAAACUGAAACCGUAGAAGUGCUAGAGGCAGUGGCACCCACUGAAACCCUUUCUGACAUUGAAACUCUCAAGGAAUCCAUAACUGAUCUCAAAGAGGACGAACAAGGCGAGGAACAAAGUUUGGAAACUGAAACAGAAGAAGAGGGAUCUAGAACAAAUCCUGUUCCAGAGGCUAAUCUCAGUACUCCUGAUCUUAUUGACAACUCAAGAGGUGCCGAGAACACUGAUGGUCUUGAUGAAGUGUGUACUUCCAGUGUAGAUAACUCUAAAAGUGGAACAGAUAUUUUAACUAAUGGCAGUGUCAUCCAUACUGAGUCAGAACUUGUUUCUAGUGCAGAGGAUGAAGUCGGGUCAAUUAAUAAAAUACAUUCUGAAUGCACAACUAAUGGCCUGGGAAACACCAAUGAAACAAACGGUAAGGAAAACACUGAAGGUGAAUCACCUGAUCCGAGCAAUGAUGAAAUUGCUACAGAUGAAUCUGAGAGUAAGAAUAACACAUUGGGAUCUUCAUCUUCUCCUGAUGAUGUCACUGGUGGUCACGAGAGCUUUCCUGGCUUAGAGCCGCCUUCACAAUCUGCAGCUAUGAACCUGGGAAGUGACGACAGUCCCAUUAAGGUUUCUGAUAGAGAUCCUGAGGAGGCUACUGAGAUAGUCAAAAAUGACGAGGAGCCAGGAGCAGAGACUAAACAAGAAACCUUUUCGACUAGUAUGAUUUCUCCCAGUCCUGAUAAGGAUAAUUCAGAGCUAAAACCAGACAGAACUGAAGAAGAGGAGCUGAGCAGAGACUUGAGGGAACCUGAAGGUUUAGUCGAGCAAGACACUGAAAAGAGUCUGUUGGAAACCGUAGCACAGGUUGAGCAAUUGGAUGAUGUUCAGAGUGAGACUUUACAGUGUAAGGAUCAGAUUGCAGAAGUGUCUUCUGAAACAGAAGAGAGCAAAAUCCAUGACAUGUUAAACACGCUAGACUCUCCAAAAGAAGCUGCUGAAGUUGGGUCCUUUGUUGAGCAGGACCACAGUGCUGAAGAAUCAGCUGUAACAGAAGAUCCAGAACAUAACAGUCAAAAUGAUCAUCAAAGUGAGACGCUUCUUGAGCUGCUUGAACCCAGCAAAGACAAAUCUGAGGAUAAAGAUUCAUUUCAACCCACACUGCAGGAUGGUGAUGAAGAGGACGGUGAUGAUGAUGAGGAAGGACAGUCUUUCGAUUUUGAUGACAUGGAUAUUGAGGGGGCUGUAGUGACAAAUGAUAAACAGGAAGAAGUCGAGGAGGGAGUUGAAGUCAUGUCAGAUGAUGGUAGUUCAGGGCUGUGCCAAAGUAAUAUGGAGUCAAAUGAGAAUAAUCAAGAUGAGACGGUUAAAAACAAUGAUGAGAAGUGUGCAGAUGAUACACUAGUUAAAGAGACCGGUACUAUGCCUCAUCAGGGAGCCACGUCUGAAAAUGUGUGUGAACAGCAAAAAGAAAUGCCUGUUCAAGAAAUAGUUGUAGCACAUAAGCCCGGGCACGUUAUAGAGGAAGGAAAGGGUGUGAUUGUUGGAGAAUUGGGGGAUGUUGCAGAGAACAUCAACCAGGCAAUGUCUUUACCUGUGGAAGAGGGAUUAGAUGCCAUUAAGCAUGAGUUACAGGGUGACGAUUUGGUUUUACCUAAGAGUGCAGACCAGACAAAGAAAGACGUGAAGAAAAACAGCAAGAAAGGCAAAGCCAAGGGCAAAGAGGAGUGUAAGAUGUCUUAGCUUAUAGAUAGUGUAUAUUUUCAGAUAUGUAUCAUUUGAUCUGCCUUUUACUCGUCUCUUUGCUUAGCUGUUUACAGAGUGGUAAAAUAAAUAUGUGCAGAACCUCACAGCACUUUGUUUCUUUCCCAAAUGAAUUUGGUGUAUGUUUGUAUAUUCUUAAGAUUUAUCCAUCCAAGGUUCAAGGACCAAACAUGAGUUUUCACUAAGACCGUAUGUGCCAAAAUUACUUGGAGAGAAUGUAAACUGUAUGGUAACAGUGGAUUUUACUUUUGGACGAUACUGUACUAGUUAUAUCAGGUAACAAUAUUUUGUUAUUGAUGCACAUUUACCACACUGCUUGUAUGUGUCAUCGAUACUAUUGCUCAGCUACAGCAUCACACAAUAUCCUCUCUUACUGCAGUUUCAUUUCAUUGGCCUAAAAUAAAAAACACAAAUGUUGAUUGUUAAUUCUCAUUAAGAUUUACAUGAACCAGCUGUAAUGUUAACGGUUAAAAUGAACAAUGUGUCCCUGAUACCCUUCAGAGAUUAUUAAAACUAUUGUUUGACUUAACAAAAGACAUUUCCAUCAAAGAGGAGUCUGGAUUCAAAGCACCCAAAAUACGAUAAAUGUAUGUUUGCAUUUUGUUGCACUUCAUGGAAAGGAUGAAAUGUCUGUCCACACCGAAAUGCAAAUAAAUAUCCUGCUGUUACCAAUUUGAAA